UGUAGCCAGGUGUCAUACUGACCCGAGGGAUUUUGUAAGAUCUAAUUUCAUUGGUUCUCUGUCUUAAGAGCAUCAUGCCUGAGAUAAGUGCAACUAAAAAUUUUAUAGCUGGUGGUGUUGGGGGCAUGUGCCUCGUUGCUGCUGGUCAGCCACUGGAUACAAUCAAGGUCAGAAUCCAGACUAUGCCCAUACCUGCGGCAGGAGAAUCAGCACUCUACAAAGGAACAUGGGACUGUGCAAAACAAACCUUUGUCAAAGAGGGUGUACGUGGGUUGUACAAAGGCAUGGCAGCACCUCUAGUGGGAGUUAGCCCAAUGUUUGCUGUCUGUUUCCUUGGUAACAGUGUUGGCAAAAAGCUACAACAAAAAACUCCAGAUCACAAAUUUACGUACCCUGAACUGUUCAAGGGAGGGAUGAUGGCUGGUGUGUUUACUACAGGCAUAAUGGCCCCAGGAGAGAGGAUCAAGUGUUUACUUCAGGUUCAGGCUGCAGGGACUGGUCCGCCGAAGUAUGCAGGUCCAGUGGAUGUAAUAAAGCAACUUUAUAAACAGGGUGGUAUUAGAAGCAUAUACAAAGGCACCAUGGCUACAUUAUUAAGAGAUGUACCUGCUAGUGGAAUGUACUUCAUGACAUACGAGUGGCUACAAAAUAUUCUAACACCUGAAGGAAAGAGUCGAACUGACCUGAGUGUAGCUCGUAUCCUGUUUGCUGGAGGCAUGGCAGGAAUAUUCAACUGGGCUGUGGCAAUCCCUCCUGAUGUACUCAAGUCAAGAUUACAAACAGCCCCCGAAGGAACCUACCCAAAUGGCAUCAGAGAUGUAUUCAAACAAACAAUGAAAACUGAAGGAAUAUCUGGCAUGUACAAAGGGUUCACUGCUGUCAUGUUAAGGGCAUUCCCUGCAAAUGCUGCAUGUUUCUUGGGUUACGAACUUGCAAUGAAAGCGCUUAAUAAACUCGCUCCCAAUCUAUAGAGAGCGCUAGUGUCUACCUGAAGCUUACACCCCUCACAUCGGAGGAUGAAACAUUCCAGUCUACCAUACAAGGAAGUUAAAAUCUGCUGAUGGGGGUGAGAGAAUUCCAUUCUUUCAAACUGCUCACACAUACAUCAUUUGCUACAUCAAUCACACAUCAAAUGCGCACAGAUUACAAGUGUGUUUAUGGACAUUAAUUUAUAUCCAAACCAGUAUUUUAGUACAUUUAGUUGUCAAACCUGGGUAAAGUCCACAACCAAAUGAUUUAAAUGAUAAACAAAACAAGACAAAAUAAUGCAAUUAGUGACAACUGUGAUUUACAAUAGAGAAUAUCCUUGAUGCACUCAGUAUGUUGGAUACAGUAUAUUGUGUGGAAUAUCAGUCCAUAUUCAGUGGAAUAUCUAUCUCUAUUAUGUGGAAUAUCAGUACAUAGUUAGACUUGUGCAAUACAUAAAAUAUUAGUGAUCUCCCUAGCAUUUUAAGCAACUCAAUGAAGCAUUUGUUGGUGAAGCAUUUUGUUGUUAUUUUCGAAAUUUAGAAACCAACCUUUUGAAAAUCUUAACCAGCCUAUCAAAAUGAAAUACAUGUACUGAGAUGGUUGACCAAAAUAGGUAACAUUAGAAUUUUGCAUAUUGUUUGGAAAAAUCCUGGGAAGAUCACACUGUAAUAUCCAUCCACUCAUAUUCACAAUAAAGAACACAUAUCAGGGAUUGUUCAACUGUAUAUAAAAUUAAAAUAUGAUUUUAUCUGAGGUAAUGCCCUAAUUGCCAGGGCCUCAGAGGCUAAAUGUUAAACUUUAUGAGACCAGUAUUUAUUAUUGCUUUUAGAAAAUUGUUUAAUGUCUACUUAUCUUCACUUGAAUUCUGUACGUGACAUAGGUAUAAUAACCUCCUAUGUAUGA